UGAUUUUUCUCAGUUCUCGGGUCUCACAUAUCAAUGUAAGGUUUUUUUAUGUAUUGUCGUACUGGAAAUGCUAGGUUACCCCAUAACUUUUAGAUAUUGCCGGUUUGUUGUGAUUUAGAAAUUCGUUACUGUAUCAUUACUUUUUGUAAUUAAUACCUUAUGGCUACAGAACCUAAAGACAGUGGAAUGGCGUCUUUGGACGAAAGCAGUAGAGAUGUAACCCCCGAGAAACCUAAGGCUAUUGUUGCUGAAGAGGAUGAUGAUGAUGAGGAUAUUGAUGAAACAUUCACAGAACGACUCUUUGGUUUGACAGAGAUGUUCCCUGAACCUGUAGUAAACUUCACUGUUUCUGUAGCGAGAACCACUAAAGCUGGAAUUAAAGGAUUUUACAAUCUAUCAAGGAAUGCACUGUGGAUAGCUGCAAGUUCAUCACUCAUAUUGUUUGGACCACUCUUAUUUGAAGUUGAACGAGCACAACUAGAGGAAUCUCAGCGAAGCCAGCAGAAACAGGUAUUUUAGUGUUCCGAUAGAGACAUG